CUGGUCUCAAAGGUUAAACAUUAAAAUGGAAUCUUGUGUCAACUUUGCAUGCUAAUUGUCUUAUUUCAGAUUUUGUCCGAAAGAUUUGAAUUUGUUAAAAAAGUUUAAAUCUCUUAAAAACGGUCUUGUAUUUCUCAGCUGGAGCACCUUAUGGUGGACAGCAACAACCACCACCGUCAAAUCACAUUGUGAUGUCACUUCCACCACCACCUAAGCCUCCAUCUCCACCACCACCACCACCACCCCCACCGCCUUUCAUGAGCAGCAGCGACGGCUCUGAGUACUCGGGUCUUCCAAUUCGUCCUCCACCAUCUCCAGGCCUUGUGUUAGGCUUCUCAAAAAGCACAUUCACUUACGAGGAGCUAGCAAGAGCCACCAAUGGCUUCUCUGAGGCUAAUUUGCUAGGACAAGGCGGGUUCGGUUACGUGCACAAAGGUAUAUUACCUGGUGGGAAAGUAGUUGCUGUGAAACAGUUGAAAGUUGGGAGUGGUCAGGGAGAGAGAGAGUUUCAGGCUGAGGUUGAGAUCAUUAGCAGAAUUCACCACAGGCAUUUGGUGUCUCUCGUCGGUUAUUGCAUCGCUGGUGCGAAAAGAUUGCUUGUCUAUGAGUAUGUUCCUAACAACAAUCUCCAGUUUCACCUCCAUGGGAAAGGACGGCCUACAAUGGAGUGGCGUACGAGGUUGAAGAUUGCUCUUGGAUCUGCUAAAGGACUUUCGUAUCUUCAUGAAGAUUGUAAUCCCAAGAUCAUUCACCGUGAUAUCAAGGCUGCAAACAUACUGAUGGAUUUCAAGUUUGAAGCUAAGGUUGCUGACUUUGGUCUUGCAAAGAUUGCUUCUGAUACAAACACUCAUGUAUCUACACGUGUGAUGGGAACCAUUGGGUACUUGGCUCCUGAAUACGCUGCAAGCGGGAAGCUCACUGAGAAGUCUGACGUUUUCUCAUUUGGUGUUGUGCUUUUGGAGCUCAUAACAGGGCGUCAACCUGUUGAUAAAAAAAAUGCCUAUGUUGAUGACAGCAUAGUUGACUGGGCACGACCAUUGCUUAACAGGGCAUCUGAGCAAGGAGACUUUGAGGGUUUGGCUGAUACAAAGAUGAAUAAUGAGUAUGACAGAGAGGAGAUGGCUCGUAUGGUUGCUUGUGCUGCUGCUUGUGUUCGCCAUUCAGCUAGCCGCAGACCUCGCAUGAGCCAGAUUGUACGUGCGUUAGAAGGAAACGUAUCACUGUCAGAUCUUAACGAAGGGGUGAGACCGGGUCACAGCAAUGUAUACAGCUCAUAUGGAGAAAGCACUGAUUAUGAGUCGAGCCAGUACAAUAAUGACAUGAAGAAGUUUAGGAAAAUGGGACCUGGAACUCAAGAGUACAACACGACCGGGGAGUAUAGUAAUCCAACCAGUGACUAUGGAUUGUACCCGUCUGGUUCGAGCAGUGAGGGCCAAACCACCCAUGAAAUGGAGUUGGGGAGGAUUAAAAAAACCGGUCAAGGUUAUAGUAGACCCAAUCUUUAAACCAUAGAGGGUUUUUGGGAUUCUGAUAUUUUUUUUUUUUUUUUUUAACUGUAAUUGAAGUUGCCUUGCUCUAAUUGAACCAAAAGUUCAAAUUGUUUUUCUUCUACUUCAUUUUUUAGAAGUUGUGUGAUGAGUUUAAUAUUAUUCUUUCAUUCUUUUCUUUUAAUCGGGGGUAUAAAGCUGAAAUGUUGUGGUAGUUCGUUUCAAGAAGUACUUGUUUAUUGGCCUAGUUCGGUUAAGUUUCAACAAUUUGUUCUCUAAUACAUCUACCUUCAAGUCUUGGCCAGUCUUCAGGGCUAUGAAUAGUCUGAAACAACUUCUCUGCUUCCACC